CAAUCUUUCUUCCCCACUCUCUCUCUCUCUCUCUCUCUCUCUCUCUCUCUCUCUCUCUCUCUCUCUCUCUCUCUCUCUCUCUCUCUCUCUCUCUCUAAUAUACGAUCACCAUUAUUGACCACCUCCAGCUGUGAAGCAUCACAUCAAUAUGGAAAUCACGGAGCUCAAUCUCAUCGGCGAUUUCGAAGCCGGAAUGAAAUGCUUACAGAACCCAUCUUUACUUUCUACAGUUUCUCUAAUCGAUAAAGUUCCUCGGUUUUACAGUUAUUGGACAUGGGGUGCUUUGAUUCUUGCUGUUUUCGCUACUUUCACUAGUGUAUUUAAUAGGAUUAAAUUGUUUAUAUACCAGAUCCGUCUCAAACUUUUAACUUCUUGUCAAAAAUCAUGCCCCCAGCAGAUUUUCGGCGAUGAUGAUUUAGAUUUUGACUUUUCCGAUGACGACGGAGACGAUGAUACACCGUCGUCUGUGGCAGAGUCCGACGAUGAAGAAUUGGAUUCAGAGGACGGACAUCCGGAUGAAGUUUUCCGGGCAGAGGGUUCUAGUUUUUGGGGAAACAACAGAGGGUCCGAUGGUAAUUUCACGCUCCGACGGCGUAACGGGUUUUCGUUGUCGGAUUUUUCCGCCGGGAAGAGCGUUGUACAGUUGUGGGAUAGUUUUGGUUUAGGGUUAGAUUUUGAAGACGAUGAAUCCGAGUACGGGAGUGAAAUUGCGAUCUGGGAUUUGGAUCGCGACGUGAAAUUAAGCUCCGGCAGGCGCUGCGAGGUUGCUGCAGUGGCGGACAAUGUUGUCCUGACGGCGGAGAUGAAUGAUAAUAACGGCGAAGUGGGUUUUCGUACGUAUGAUUCUAGGGUGGACGGCAAGUCUCCGGCUAUCUACGCGACGUGGCGGCCACGUCACCGGCAAAUAUGGGCGGACGAUGAAAGCGUCACCGGUCAGAAGGAGGAGUGAGCGCGUGAUUAUUGCUACUUCUCUUAUUCGCUGUAAUUGUUAAGGACGACCAGUCCACGUUAUAAUGAAUGAAACGGUGUCGUUCCACAUAUUGUUUAAUUCUUGAUUUUCUUGUUUAUAUUGCAAAUAAUUGCUUCUCCAUACCUUGUGGUUUAUAUUUAUCGAAUAAAAUGAUUUAUUCUUUUA